GACUGGAUCCUAUAUCUUCGUUUAAAAGGAAUAGAGCGUCGUCCUUAUACCGUCUGAAAGAGAGCCCUCAAGUGCCGGCGCCACAGCCGGAGACUCGACCGCCAGCUGGCCUGGCGUGUUCACGGUGUGCACCUCUGUCAAGGGAGUCUUGGAAGGAUCCUAAAACUGAAGAAUCUGGGUCAGUCAUAAACAUUCUGAAUAUUGGAAGACAGACGUUCGCUAAUGGAGGUGUUGUUUCACGUUAUUUGUGCGAUCUGGCGCAGUGUGUGCAUCUAAUUAAAUAUGAUUAUAAGGACAUAUUGCCUAGCGUUAUGAAGGACGAGCACUUCCAACGUGCUAUAGAAGAUACUACUCAUCAAGAGCUGAAGUCAACAGCGAACGGAAAACAUGAAGAGGAAGAUGGGAAGACGUACACUAAUGUCAGGAAGCGGGUCGAAGCAAGGGCUAUGAAAGUUCUCCGCGAUAUAUCUUCUUCUAUGUCAAACAAUGUAUUGAGAUUAGUAGCCUGGCUAUGUCACAAAGCGGUGCGUAGGAUUGCGGGCGGAGGCUGUGGUACUAGAUCUGCUUGUGUGGAACGUCUCCGUCGGGCCAAAGCCGCGGGCCUACCACUGGUCUUCGUCCCCUUACACCGAUCUCACUUCGACUACAUACUUGUGACCUUCACACUAUAUCUCACUGGAUUGAGACCGCCGUUGGUAGCUGCAGGCGACAAUAUGCGGAUACCUUUCUUCGGGUGGUUUCUACGUUGUUGCGGAGCUUUCUUCAUACGACGCAGAGUGGACGGGUCGGAGUAUCACGGCGAUCCCAUAUACAAAUCUGCACUCAGAGCUUACAUUCUCAACAGUUUAGCAGCCAAUCAUAACUUGGAAUUUUUCAUUGAAGGCGGACGGACCAGGACUGGGAAACCACAACUGCCAAAAGGAUAUUCUGAGGCGGGAAUCCUAUCGGUGAUAACGGACGCGUACCUCGACGGUACAAUCGACGACGCGCUGCUCGUGCCCGUCACGCUCAACUACGACCGGCUCGUGGACGGCAACUUCGUGCGCGAGCAGCUCGGCAUGCCCAAGCAGAUGGAGACCUUCUGGUCGGCGCUGCGCGGCAUAUGGAGCACCCUCAACACCAACCAUGGUGCGAUACGUGUGGACUUCAACCAGCCGAUAUCUCUUAAGGAAUUAGUGACGUCAUUCCAAAAGUACAACUUUUUGAAAGGCCCCAUAGACAAGACCCUCGCGCCUCCCGACAACAACUUGGCAGUUAAUUUGGACAGACAGAUCCUCUACAACCACAGCCACAGCAGCUUGUUCGGAGCGGAUGUGAGCACAGAGCAUAAAAUGAUGGUAGAAGCGAUUGGACGCCAUCUUGUUUAUGAUGCAGCUCAGUCAACGGCUCUAAUGUGCACAAAUGUAGUGGCCUACGUGCUGUUAACUGAACAGAGGAAGGGGUGCUCCCUGUCCGCCCUACAAGGGAUGGUGGCUGCCCGGGGGGAGGCGCUCAAGCGGGAUGGCCGGGAUAUAGGGUAUACUGGGGAUACACCGGCGGUUGUGAAGAGAGCUUUGGACACUCUAGGCAGUUCCCUAGUAAGGAUAGAAGGGAGCGGUUCUAACAAAAUAGUGCGACCUCAAGCGAGUGUGCCGGCCGCCCUCGAACUGUCAUACUAUGGGAAUGCACUUGUUGCUCAUUAUGCUGCGCCUGCUAUAUUAGUGACAGCACUGGAAGCCAUCCAGCAGCAGUCCGACUCGGCCAGCACCACAGUGAGUCACCGCGAGCUGAUGGACACCGCGCUACAGCUCAGUGAGAUGCUCAGCCAGGAGUUCAUCCUGUGCGCGCCCUGCACGCGCCUCGAGGAGCGCCUGUUGGACGCGCUCGCCGCGCUGCGCGCCUGCGACGUGCUCGCCGACGUGCAGACGUCAGACGCGUUAGAGGAGCAGCGCUGGUCGCGUCGCUUCGCGCACACCUUCGACGACGACGAUGAAGAGGAACGGCCCGAUCCCACGCGAUACAUCAAGUACCACGUGUCCGACACACCGGCUGCUCUCUCUGAACGUCGUCGUCUACUACAAACGAUCCGUCCAUUGCUGGAGGCGUACUCGGCGACCUGCCACAGCUUGCGUUCAGCGUCACAGAAGGAAAUAGUGUCUUCUACAUUGGAUAUGUUACUUGAAAACUUUUCACAGAAUAAAAUGGCUUACGGUGAGGCGGUAUCGACAGAUGCUAUCAGAAAUUGCCUAAGACUGCUUCGCCAAUGGGGUGUCAUAGAAAUGUACACGGAAAAACGCGAGAGGAGAAUAAAAAUAUGUCCACCGUACGACAAUAAAAAGAAUUUAGACGAUGUUUGUGAUAAAAUACACAAAUUCAACAUGGACUCGAAGUUACUAUUU